AAUUUAGUUAUUGUUGUAGCAGGGGGUAAUUGAGAAAGAUUUGAGGGGAUUUUUUGGAUAGGGUUUUGUGAAGGUGUGCGAUUGCUUUAGAUGGGGGAUGGGCUUGCGAAACUUUAACCACUUCAAUGACUUGCUGCCGAGAGCUUGAUUUAUAUUGCAUCAAUGCGUCCAUCUAUAUUUUCCAACUUUUUAACCAUGCAUAACAUCGCUUGCAAUGUUAGCAAAUGUUUCUGGACUAUUUGGGGACUUGUACUGGAGGAGGGCAUAAUGUGCAUUGUUUUCAGACGUCAAGUGGUUAAUGGUGUCUUGUCUCGCGGAUCAGUCUGACUCGCCCCCCGGUUGCUGCAUUUGUCCCAGGAUGACCUGUUGAUGUCGGGAAAAGAUGGAGCCGAGCCCCCCUUCCUCCUCCUCCAAAAUGGAGUAGAAUUUAACCACAGAAUAUUUUAUGUGAAAUCCAGUGAUUGCGCCGCGUGCAUACAAAUAUGACUACUACUUAAUUUGCAUGCGAUUUGCAAGUAUGCCGCGGGAGAGUGAUAAUAAUAACGCAUGCAUAUGGAUGUUGCUGGGCGAAUCAAAACGUUUUAGGUAUAGAUAUCAUGGUAUGUGCAAGGCUGUAACUCAGCCAGACAUUGCAUAGCAUUGCACUGGCACCGAGGGGGCGAGGGAAACGGAUGUGGGCUCCUCAAUAAUUCAUCUAUCAGACUAUUUUGGUGACAGGAUUUUUGAAGGCUGGGCAACUUUUAGCUCUUUGGUCGCCGCAUCAAGUGUGGAAACCAGGCAAUCGGGGAAUUAUUUCUGAUUUUGUUUUUUGCCCCCUGGGGCCCGUGCCAACCCGGAGUUCGUGGCCAGCUGGGCAGCGGUGCGGGGCACACAGAUUCACCGGGUACCGCAGCCCUGCCGCGGCCGCCACAUCACAGAAACACCGGCGCCCGACUCUCAACAACUCUGUAGUGCCGGGCUUUACGACAUGGCUCAGAUGCUGCAGAUGGCGAUUCCCAACUUUGGCAACAAUGUCUUGGAGUGUCUUAACGAGCAGAGACUUCAGGGACUGUACUGUGAUGUGUCAGUGGUGGUGAAGGGUCACACAUUUAAAGCCCACCGGGCAGUGCUGGCUGCCAGCAGCUCCUACUUUCGAGAUAUGUUCAAUUCGGGAAGUAAGAGCUCUGUCGUGGAGUUACCACCAGCAGUCCAGCCUCAGAGCUUCCAGCAGAUCCUUUCCUUCUGUUACACCGGCCGACUUAGCAUGAAUUUGGGUGAUCAGUUUCUCUUAAUGUACACAGCAGGAUUCCUACAGAUUCAGCAGAUUAUGGAAAAAGGCACAGAGUUCUUCCUAAAGGUCAGCUCACCAAGUUGUGACUCACAGGGCCUUCACACAGAAGAAACACCACCCUCAGAACCCCAGAGCCCUGUUACUCAAACUGGAAGUGGUACUGUAGGAGGGGGUGCAGUCCCCACAGCAACAGCUCGACCUGCUUCCUGCCUAACACCCCUUCCAUUGGUGUCAAGAGUGAAGACAGAGCAGCAACCUCAGGCACAGCAGCCCCAACAAGAAGCAUCAUCAUAUUCAGUGGUUUGCACUCCAGUUGCUAAGCGUCUUUGGGAGGGAGGUAGCCGUGAAGGAGGUGGAGGAUCAGGAGGAGGGGGAGGUAUGAGGAAAGCAGCCCGCUAUUCGCAGGAGGUGUCACGGGGCACAGGAGGGGCACCACCUCAAAGUGCAGCCUUAUUGGGUGGAAGUGGUACCACUCAUAGCAACAACAACAGCAACAACAAUAACAACAACAGCAGUAGCACACCGGAAGGCACCAGCCCAGCCACACCCAGCAUGUACACCAGUGAUUCGCCGAUCUCUUACCAUGACGAUGAUGAAGAAGAGGAAAUCACAGACGAAACCACAGAAGAACAGUACAGACAAAUCUGUAAUAUGUACACUAUGUACAGCAUGUUGAAUGUAGGGGCAACGGCCAGCGAACGAGUGGAAUCACUACCAGACCACCUCACAGUUGAAUCAAGGGGAAGAGGAGUUCGAGUGAGGCAAGAUCUGGCUUCUCUUCCCACUGAGCUCAUUGCACAGAUCGGAAACCGCUGUCAUCCUAAACUCUAUGAAGAAGGUGACCCUGCUGAGAAACUGGAGCUAGUAACAAGCACCAGUGUUUUUAUUUCUCGUGCUCAGCUGAUGAACUGCCACGUUAGUGCGGGCACACGCCACAAAGUGUUGCUCAGGCGGCUCCUUGCUGCCUUUUUUGACCGAAGCACCCUUGCAAACAGCUGUGGGACAGGCAUUCGGUCCUCCACAAAUGACCCCAACCGCAAGCCACUCGACAGUCGGGUUCUCCAUGCUGUUAAGUUUUACUGCCAGAACUUUGCUCCUAGUUUCAAAGAGAGUGAAAUGAAUGCGAUUGCUGCAGAUAUGUGCACUAAUGCACGGCGCGUGGUACGCAAGAGCUGGAUUCCGAAACUGAAGCUUCUGAUGGCAGAAAGUGAUGCUUAUGCCAACUUUCUGCCGGACGCUGCCAAAAUGGAGUCUGAUGGCUUGGCUGUGGAGCACGCUUUUGAAACAGGAUCCCUAGAAGGUGGUACAGCCUCUGAAUCUGGCCAGUCAUCUACAGAUGCCCUGCAAGGUGUGAGUGGGGACGGUAACAACUUGUUUUAGUGAGUAACACUACCGUGCUUCAGCUAUUCUUUCCUCUUCCACUCCUCCAUCGUAUCCCAGUCUCACCUUGGCGUUGAUGUCAUCUGGGAAUAAUGAAGUAUAUCUUUAUGAAGACUCCUGUUGAAUCCCACUUCAGAAGCUGGUAAUUUUUAUUUCCUUGUAGAUUUUUUUUUUGAUUGUACCUUGAGGCCCUCCUUGUCAUACUGCAGAAACACAUUCCUGAAAAGGAGGGACCUCUGGGGCCUUUUGUUGUGAGCUAAAGGGGAAAUGGUGUCUGGAAGCUCUUAUCCAGUCUGAAAACACUGUCAUGAUUCUGAAUGUAUCUUUUUGGAGAAUCCAGAAGUUAAUGUUGCUGGACAUAAGAUUAUAUUCAUCUGUUAAUAUUUAGUGGCUGUAUAUCUGCUUUCUGGACCCCAUUUCCUCUUUCUGCACAAACACCUUUAACACAGACACCUUAAAUUUUUUGUUCUUUUAAAUUACAUAUUUUUUUUGUUUAUAUUCGAACAAUAUUUGUAACUUUUUUUGCCAACAUUUCCAUUUUUUGUCUUGCCAAGUAUCCCAAGAGAGGCAGUGUAUCAUUUAUGAUUGUAAUGAACUAGUAAGACGCAGAUUAAUCUGUUUUGCUAUAUCUGAAACUACUGUUGUGUUUUGAAAGAAAGAGUCUGUGCAAGAUCUGUGCACCUUUUGAAUCAAUGAAUAAUGAAUUGUUUUCCACAUGUUUUUGCAUUAGCAAAAUCCAAAAUCUACUUUAAUCAUUUUAUUUUGGUAUAUUACCAAGGCUUAAUAUUGUUACUUUAGUUUAGUUUAAUCAAAUCGCCACAAGUUUUUACCAUCAAAUAUCUCCAAAGGAACCCCCAAAACACUCCCACAAUCUUAAAAAUCAUUAAGGCCUUUUAAAUGUGUCUUUAUGUUCUAAGUAGUUUUGUAUAGACAACACAUAACGUAGGUGUCUGUGUUCUGUGUAAAUGUGUGUGUAUGGAGGCUGCAGAUGGUAGUUUUUGAAGUGCCGUAUCUCACAGAUGACUGCUUCAUGCACCGAUCGCACAAGCGUGGUGCAUGCUGCCGCAUGGCGCAUUCUGACAUGCUACGCCUCAGCGCCUCUGACAGAGAUGCACUAAACGCUCUGAUGAGUGCAGUAUUAGAGAUUGGCACUGAACGGGCAUCAGUGCCCCAGCUAUGGUGGUUCCAAACCACUAAAGACCACUCUGAGUGGAAGCUGUUUUGUAGUCUGUUUUUUAUGUGGAUUUGAAAAGUCAGUUUUUCUCUUGAUGUUUUUCGGGUUUCAGAGAGAAAUUCAUGAAGUCUGUAAUGCCAAUGAAGCGCUGUUGUAACCCUAGGUUUAGAGAUGAUAAAAGUGACCAUGUCAUUUAAAGUGUAGUUGCACUCUUAAAAUAUUUAAGGAUGUGUUAAAAUUAGAUUCCCAAAGUACGACCUGCAUCUUCACGUGUUUUAAGCACACUUAUGUCAUGAAAUGCGGACUAUUUUGUUUGAAUUAUUGAUUAUGGCUGAAGAAAGGCUCUGAUUGGACAAGAUCAUCCCAUUCCAAAAGCAUGUUAUUUGUGGGUUUUAAAUGUUAACAUUUUAUUUUUCCAUUUCUAACCUCUUCAUUUAAAAUGAUAGUUCACCCAAAAAUGAAAAUUGUCAUCCUCUACUCACCCAUCCAUGCCAUUCCAAAUCUGUAAGACUUUCUUUAUUUUGUGAAACACAAAAGAAGAUAUUUUGAAGAGUGUUGUAUUGGUAACCAAACCAAUUUGGUGACCAUUGACUUCUAUUGUGUGGAUUAAAAAAAGAAAAAGAAAAGAUAUUGCUCAAAAUACAUAAUACAAUUUCAAAAUUAAGUUGUAAUUCCAAAAUCGUAAAAUAAUCACUAAUUGUGAACAAUUGAUUUAAAAUAAAAUUUUAAAACCCUUUUACUUAAGAUUAAUGAAAAAAAAGUUUGUCAAUACACUGCACUGGGCAAGGGGACAAAAGAAUUUUACCUCUCAGCCACGUGGUACGAUCCUAAGAGACUGCACCAAGUCUUAAUCAUAGUACGAUAGGAUGAGAAUGAAAUAUUUGCACAGAAAUCUGAACUGGAUUGUUCAGCACUGCCUUAAUUAAAUAGUGGAAGUUCGUGCCUGGGAGUCUUACACAGCCAGUCUGCGACAGAGAAGUGAAAGAAAUUAUGGGAAGGGGAGGGCAUGGAAUGCCUGGAUGAUCCUGUAUGCAUGCAUGCAUGCGUGCUCCGCUACUUUUCCUCAGAGUUUGAGCCUGUUUUUUUCAUUUCCAUUUUUGGAGACACACGUGCUAAUGCCUGUGCAUUCAUGUGAGGAGGCUGACAGGAAAGCGAGAGCGUGCGCCAGAGGCAUGCUUUUAAUGUCUGUGCAUUUGCUUAUGUGUACGUGUUCAAAUGUAAGUCUGUUUUUUUGUGCCAAAUGCACGUGUGAUAGAGGGUGUGGGGGUGGUGUUGGUGGAUGACUCUGGAAUAUGUGCAUUGUGUGUGUGUUGAUGGGUGGGUGGGUGGUUGGAAUGUGUGUAUGCAGAGAUCAGAGAGCUCUGUUUGUUUUUGUCUGACUCAGAGAGGGAGACAUACAGUGCAGACGCAAGCAGAGAGGGGAGGGAAUGUAUUGGUGAGGAGAUGGAUGCUCUCACACACACACUUAAACACACAACUGGUGCAGUGAGCCAUUUCCCAAAUGGAGGCAUCAAACGGUAUACGCUUUGACUAAACAAACCUUCAGCUCACAUUGAAUCUCAUCUGAUUUGCCUUCUUAGGAUAUGUUUCUUCAUUGAAGAGUUAACAUGAAAUCAAAAUUGAUUCUACUUUCCAUAAUUGUCUUAUUAUUAUACAUUUCUUCGGGUUUGUGUUGACGAGGCUGGGCGAUAUGACCAAAAUCUUAUAUCAUGAUAUAAGUAAUUUUAUUUCAUGGCAAUGAUAUACAUCACAAUAUUUUGCUUUAAAUAAGGUAGAAAUUAGAAUUUAUAUAAUUCUUGUCACCAGUGUCAAUAUCACAAAAAAAUAAUACUAGCCUAAAUAAUAAUAAUAAAAAAUAAAUAAAUAUAUAUUUCUUCUUAUUAAAGUUACAAAAGUGAUUUAGUCAAGAGCAAUGAGAGACUUUCUCUCUUUUGUAGUUUGAUUAACAUGAAUGACAGACAUCAGGAAUAUUAGACUGCUGUCACUUUAAGAGCUGCCUGGAUCCAGUAUAUUGUUACAUGUGUUUUUGGUAACACUUUCUGUGAAGCCCAUAUUUAUAAUACAUUAUAAGGGUAUUCUUAAAGCAUUAUAAUGAAUGCAUAAUGCAUUAUAAAAACCUUAUAAUAUGUUAUGUCUUCAUAUAAAUAAUCAUAACAACAAUUAUAUUACAUUAUAAUGCUUACGCAUUUGUGUUUAUAACUUUUAAGAUUAUGGUUAUUUAUAACACACAAUGAACACCUUAUUAAAUCUAUUUUUACAUUUACAAUGAAUUAUAAAUCUUACUAUAUCUUGUAAGUGAUUAGGUGUGGAGUGUUAUUUGAGUGUUCCCUGUGAGGCUAAUAUUAAUUUUGAUGUGAACUAACUCUCAUCAGAGUAUUAGUAGGCUUAGGGUAAGGAUAGGGUUGAUAGAAUGUUGACGUACUUGCAAAGUUACUUAUAAUGAGUUUGUCUGGUGGAGAACCAUCAAAAUAAAGUGUUAGCAUAUAUUAAGCAGACAUACUGUACUACUAAUACUCCAAUGACUGCUAGCUGACAUGUAGUUGCAGAGUAAUAGCUGUCUAAAGGGUACCAUCAAAAUAAUCAAACUGAUAUUACAAAAAAAAAACAUAGUUAAAAGCAAAUGUGUCAUAUUACUCAUUCAUCUGAUCUGAUAUCUGAUCUUAUGGCUGUUUGGGAAAUUAUUACUUAUUACUAUACUUACAAGUGGUCUUUGAUUGGUUUAAGUAAAGUAGCAUAAGAAAGAUGGCAAGAUAUGAGACAUUAUAACUAUGAGAAAUAUAAUCCAUUGUAAGAUGAUAUAGCAUAUUAUAAGGUUUUUUAUAAUGCAUUAUGCAUUCAUUAUUAUGCUUUAAGAAUACCCUUAUAAUGUAUUAGAAAUAUUGGCUUCAUAGCUGUUUGCUUUCAUUUAAAUGACUGUUUACGAGGAUGCUUGCAUAGAUGGGUAUUUUGACACACAGAAGUGUGUGUAUUGAAGCAUUCUAGGCCUAUACAACGGUAAAAAUAACUCUGUUCUAAACUCCCGCACUUUAUGAGCAGUGUCUGACAUCUUGCUCCAUCUCUGAAAACACUCUUUUAAUGUUCAUGCUAAUGCUAACAUUGAUUCCUGGGAUGUAAUUUUCAUCCUUUUAGCAGCUGACUACAAAUUCACAUCUACGUCUGGAUCCAAUUUGUUUCAGAACAGCUUCUUUUAAUUUAGUUUCGGUGUCCUUCAUUUUUGUUUCUCGCUAAAUAUUCAAAACAUUGUGUAAUUAUAUUCUAACAUUAAUAUCUAAUAUUCGUGUUUUAUUAUAUUCAACAGAUUCUAAAACAUUCAGUAAUUAAAAUGUGUUGCGAAUGUCAUUUUAUAUCGUCUUUAAGGCCAUAUUAGGGUUAAAUGUAAUGUGAACACUGCAACAUGUGAACACAAUUAAACUAGUGUUGGGGUGUGUGUGUGUUUAGCAUUCCACUGUCCAAUAAACAGAUGAAUGUGAUUGAUGGUGACUGCGUAAAUAUGGCUUUGUGGUGGACUGUUCCUCAUUGCACCUUUUGAAAUGCAACGAAAGAGAAAAAGAAAGAUAACUGCGGUCGACAUGACUUCAUCCCUGUUAAAAUGUACAUGGAGCUGGAUCCUCUGAUGUACAGCUUGAUAAGAAUUUUUUUUUUUUUUUUUUUUUGUACUAUCAUGUUGAACACCCAGGAAGGGACCAGGAGUUUUUUUUUAGGAAGCAGCCAGCAUGCAUGUUCAUGAGGGCUGGAUUUGUGAUGUCUUCAACCCAUGAAUGACUUCUUAAUAUGUUCUGCUCAGUGGUGCAUUGGCGAGAUUGGGAACACAAUGUGCGCUGAACUCGAUGAACUUCAGUGGAUUUACCCCGUGUCGAAUUUCAACCCCUGACCCGCACUGUGGGUUCAUGGUCUUUCGUGCAAAAUCCUUUCAUUUAGCAAUUCAACUUCCAGUAUUAUUAGUAUGUUUAUACUAAAGAAUCAUCUACGUCAAACAGAACAAAUAAAGUUAUGCUUCGGACGCUUUGAGACAUAAAAUAAAAAUGUUAAAAAAAAGAAAAAAAAAA